CUUUCUUCUCCCCACUUCCCUCCUUCCCCGGACGCGCUUUCGGUUAUCUUCCAAUUUUGGCCCCCCGGGAUUCCCCUAAUUUCUCAUCCCGCCCGCCUCGCAAAAACCUUCCUAUUUCAACCCAAUCGCGCAGGCAGGACCUCCUUCGGAGGACUCCCCCGGUCUCGCGGCGAAUCUCCCUUCCCGAUUCCCGUCGCUCCCUCCCGCCCCGGGCCGUAUUUAUCCAUCGCGGCUUCGUGCUCGAUUAGGGUUUCUGGAUCUCCAGCCGAUUCGCCUUUCGGAGGUGCCGCCGAUUUCGCAUCGCUUUCCGGAGGCCUCGCGCCUUCGUGCGCCGAAUCGCCCGGUGCCGCCGUCGGGCCGUUCGUAUCGCCGAGCGCGUCGUAAUGCUCGCCUCCGAAUAAGUUCCGGCGCCGGCGCAUCGUCUCCUUCGGCAGAUUAUACGCAAGGGGGUCAAGAAAUUCCAUUGCUUUUGCGAGGUGGUGGAUUCAGCUCUCUCUCUUUGUUUCUCUCGACAAGGUCUUAUAAACUGGAGCUGUCGCUAUGUUGGUUCUCGGUAGAAACAGCUGCUGCAGCAACGUAAUCAGCUGUUUCGUUCAUUUGUCUGAAUGGCAUCCGUUGGAAUAGCAGAGCUGCUUGGGGCUUGAAAGCCCUGUCCUCUCCUGUGUACACCAGGUUUUUGGACUUUUUGUUUAUCUUGAAGCUGAAAGUUGCAGUGUAUAACUAUAGUUUCCAAAUUUCUCAUGUUCAACAAAGGGUAUCCUAUUGCAAGAUUCAUGGGCUGCUGUAGUUGCUUUGGAUUCUCCCGGAAGCCCAAAAGAACCUCGAGGCCCGUUUCUGGAUUGAAUAAUCAUCCUUCUCAGGAGUGUCUGUUGGAUGAAGACAUGGAAGAUGAUCAUGAGGAUGAUCGUUCAUACAAUGGUGAGGUCACGGAUAGUGCUCAUGAAGAUGAUGACAGAGAAUUGCGGAGACGUGCCCAACGUUCGGAAGAUAUACUGAGGUUUAGAGAAGAAAAUGGCAUGAUUUGCAGGCAAUAUCCUGUAAAAGAAACCCACAAAGUGUUCCGUACAGAGGAUGAAAAUGGGAAUAAGAUGGUCAAUGAAUAUGUUCGUGAGUGUAAGAUUGGCUCUGGUAGCUAUGGCAAAGUGGUUCUCUACCGAAGUCAAGUCGAUGGAAAGCAUUAUGCAAUUAAGGCCUUUCAUAAGUCACAUUUGCUAAGGCUGCGUGUGGCACCUUCAGAAACUGCCAUGACCGAUGUUCUUCGAGAAGUUUUGAUCAUGAAAAUGUUGGAGCACCCUAAUAUAGUCAACCUCAUAGAGGUGAUUGAUGACCCAGAAACAGAUCACUUCUACAUGGUCCUUGAAUAUGUGGAUGGCAAAUGGGCUUAUGAAGGAUCUGGUCCCCAAGGGAUUGGAGAAAAUACUGCCAGAAAGUAUCUGCGUGAUAUUGUUUCUGGGCUGAUGUAUCUCCACACUCAUAAUAUAGUGCAUGGAGAUAUCAAGCCUGAUAAUUUGUUGGUGACCAGUUCUGGCAUUGUGAAGAUAGGAGAUUUCAGUGUUAGCCAGGUCUUUGAGGAUGAUAAUGAUGAACUCCGGCGAUCCCCUGGGACUCCUGUUUUCACAGCACCUGAGUGCUGUCUAGGUCUCACUUAUCACGGGAAGGCUGCUGAUACUUGGGCUGUGGGAGUCACUCUUUACUGUAUGGUCUUGGGACAUUAUCCUUUCCUUGGAGAAACACUGCAAGACACGUAUGACAAGAUAGUUAAUAACCCUUUGAUACUCCCGGAUGGUCUCAAUCCACAACUUAAGAACUUGCUGGAGGGGCUUCUUUGCAAAGAUCCAGAACACAGGUUGACAUUGGAUGCUGUUGCAGCUCAUGCCUGGGUUGUUGGAGAAGACGGACCGAUCCCUCAGUAUUUAUGCUGGUGCAAGCGCAAAAGCUUGGAGGCGCAAGAACGUGAUGGGAGCAAAAAUGAUACUGACAUGAGUUUGACUAACUGAGUUUCGUUGACUUUUGAAAUUACCUAUCUGUAUAGUAAAGCCCAAGAGCUUCUCCUUUCCUUUUCCUUAUUGGCUCAUGAGCUGGCGAAUCUGGAGACGGGAAUCAGAGAUGCUGCUGGGAGGAAUUAUCCGUUGAAACAGGGAUGAAAGACCUGUGCUCAGAGUGGAAAUAGAGAUGGAUAGAUAUGUCUGGAUGGCUCUAGAAUGCAGAUAUGAGUUUUAGUAGGUUAAGGCUUUUGGGAUUUUGUUCAUGAUCUCUUGCCGGAAGAUUAGCUUGUCUUGCCAUUUACAUUGGGUUCAUAGGUUUUGAAACUGAGAGAGAGAUUGUACUGACAUUAGUCAAUUCCUUAACGAUUUGCUUAAUGCUUGAUUUUCUACCGUCUUUGGUUAUA